AUGGAAUCAGCUGUCACCGCCAUGUCCGCCCUCUCCCUCUCCGACCUUCGCGCCGCGGUCGCAAAGAUGCCACAAGAGCUCUACGACCAGAUCAAGAAUGAGGUCUUCACCGCCAAGCCUGGCGUUGUCUACUUUACUGCGCCAAACAUACACUACUCCGCGGAGCUCCCAGCCAAUUCCUCUCACUACGAUCCCAAGCUGUUGCACGUCGAUCACGCCACCCGCGAGAUGUACGCUCGGAGCUAUUAUGGCGAAGGAAUGCAGUUCUGGUUCGAGUAUAUCAAAUCCAUUGAUGCCCAGCCCCACGCGAACUGGCUGUGCAUGCUCGGCCACGCUCACCGCGCGUAUCUCCCCACUGUAAUUCUGCUGAAUCCGGGAGCGGUGUCUUUACCCCCCCAAAUCAUUGCUAGGUGCGCCAGAGCGAGUCUAACAGUGUUGGCUGGUCUUCCAGUGGCGAAUGCCAAGAACCUGUUCGUACGGGUGCAUGGGGAGAUCUUUGGGAACGAGGCGAAGUACGUCGCAAAGAGAUAUGGUGGAUUCAAGUGGGAGGUCCAGUGGCCGGAUGAGAUGAGCCAGGAGGACAUCUCUCGAGUGUAUGCCUUGGAGCGGGCUGAGGUGGAUCGUGUGAUGAACGAUAGGCACCUGGAAGACAUCGAGACUGCAGAAGCAAGUGGAGAUGCGGGAGCGCACGAGGCGGAGACGGACCGCGGUGGCAGCGAGCAAGGCGAUGAGCCCGAUAGAGAUGAAACCAUUGAGGAUAGCGGAGCGGCCGGCGACGGUGGAGAAGAGGGGGGAGACGGCGGAGACGACGCGAAGAAAGGUGGAAGUGGUGAGGACGACGGCGAAGACCACGCGAAGAAGGGUGGAAGCGGUGAGGCUGGCGGCGAGGAUGAUGAGACUGACGGCGAGGAUGAUGAAGCUGACGGCGAUGAUGAUGGAACCGAUGGAAUGGGUGGAGUGUACGAUGCGGAAGGCGAGUGGGAAUAUGAUCUGGAAGAUCGCGACUUCGAAGACAUCGAGUUUGACAUCUACGAUUGA